CGUCAGCCAGGCCUUCUGAUACUACGUUGCUGCCGCUCCAGGCAAUAAUUUGUCCACUUGAACUGUUUCUGCUAUGUCUACAGAACUUCCAUACGCUGCUGAUGCUGAAAUCUCAUUAUCGUACGAUGAGAUAGAGGUCCUUCGGUUACAAUACGAGAAGGAGCUUGCACAGUCUCACAUCACCGUCCAGACCAAAUUUAAUUAUGCAUGGGGGCUAGUGAAGAGCCCGGUACGCGAAAACCAGGUCGAGGGUGUGCGACUGUUGCAAGAAAUAUACCGGACUGAGCCAUCAAGACGGCGAGAGUGCUUGUACUACCUAGCACUUGGAUACUACAAGAUGGGAAACUUUACAGAUGCAAGAAGCUUCAACGACCUCUUGCUUUCACGAGAGCCCACUAACCUGCAGGCACAAAGUCUAGCAUCACUGAUAGACAAGGGUGUUGCGCGAGAGGGAUACGUGGGUAUGGCACUUGCGGGCGGUGUGGCCGCAGUCGGCACCCUCCUCAUUGCGGGUCUCAUACGGCGAGCAACCCGUAAAUAAAUCGAAAUGAAGAACUCUGACACGACUUUCUAUCUACACUUGCUGUCUGCACCAUGCAUAUUCUAUAUCACGAUUAUCCCUUUGCGCAAUACACUAUUUCGUAAAUAUCGGUCACUGGGUUCGUAUGUACAGUAGCCGUUGAGUAUUCUGGACACAAUGCCAAAUAUAUGCUACUCUCCCUACUCCUGUAGAACCUAAAAUUGGCACACUAUACAGACCUCGUACAAAACAGUUAAGUUCGUCGA